AUGCUUGGGCGUAUUUCCCCAAGGACAUUUUUGACGUCUAUGGCACCUGUUAUCUCCGGAGAUCCUGUGGUUUUUAUGAAAGCUGCUGCUGCGGUUGUCGAUUGGAGUCAUCGGGAGGGAGGACUUUUGUGGUGUUAUCAAAGGAAAAAGAGAAGGAAAAGGACAAAUCAAAAGCUUCGAGUCUUGAAGAAUGCGUCCGGAUUUUCAAACUCGGAUAGCAAUUCACAUAAAAACAUUUUGUUGCACGAUAAAAAGGUUUUUGCUUUUUCGAUACGGUAUAUUCAAUUUUGUCUAAAAAUGCAUCCUCCGACCACUUACACAGUUCCGGAUACUCAUCGGAUACGACAAAAAGCAUGUCGAGGGUCGCCAAUCCCGAUGCUCCUAAAAUUGUUAAUCUUCAUUGAAGGCUUUGGUCCUUUGGAAAGCACGUCAAGGGUCGCCAAUGCUAGUGAGCAAGUUAUUAAAUGCGAGGGUCCGAAUAAGAAGAAAACUACGGUGUCAAGUGAGAGACAUGAUGAACAAAGGCUGCAUCCGUUGCGGAGACCAUAG